CUCCUUCCAAGACAUGAUGCGCGUUUUAGUUUCGGCCAACAAGCCACCCUACCCCUACACAGAUCCCAGCAUAAAAUCACAAAACCACAGAAAAAUCAACAGUUUGGAGUUUCAUUAAAUUUCAUCCAACAGCAGUCUGGACAAACCUUACCCCCGAUUGUUGUUCAAACUGUCGAAUAUCUCAGAAAACACGCGUUGGACACCGAAGGAAUAUUCCGAAGAUCGGCCAGUGCUUCUGUCAUCAAGGACGUACAGAACAAGAUCAAUGCAGGUGAUGCAGUGAACUAUGCAGAAUACGACAACAAACACAUUCCUGCUGUGAUAUUGAAGAAAUUCCUACGAGAACUGCCAGAACCAAUUUUAACCUACGACUUAGCCGAACCCAUUACAAGACUCUAUGGUUUAAAAGAAGACCAACUUGUGUCUGAGGCACGGCAAAUGGUGUUGGAAGAACUCCCCGAAGAGAAUUAUCAACUCUUGAAAUACAUCAUCACCUUCCUUGGUGAAGUGACUGAACAUUCAGACAAGAAUAAAAUGGGAGCCGACAACCUGGCGUUGAUUUUUGGACCGAAUCUAAUUUGGUCCAAAGGCCAGGUGUCGUUCAAUUUAAUCACGGCGGUAAAUAGUUUCACCUUGGUACUUCUUAAUCACAGAGAUGAGUUAUUCCCAAGAUGAUUACAGCCGAAAAAUGCCAGAAAUACCGAAAUACUUGCAGACGGACAUUAAGCAACAUCUCAUUCGUCAGAGAUUAUCUUUCUUUUUUUUUUUUUUUUUUUUUUUUUUUAAUAAAACAUUUCUAUUAUUAUUUUUUAUGACAUUAAGUAACACAGUGUAAUGGAUGAAGGGUGGGGGGAAAAAAUUGGAUGAAAAAGGAGAAAAAUGAAGGGGAAAAAAAAGUAACUGCCAGCUUCUGAAAAUAUUAAAAAAAAACAACACAAAAAAAAAAGA